GCCCCCGCAAGGAAAUGGGCAGGGCAGGGCGCGUUAACACCCUCCGCGCCGAAGGACGAGCCUCGGUCAUCGCGCGGCCCUCCCAGGCUCAGCAGACUACCCAUGUGCCCGCUCCAGCAAGCGUGCAACCAGCCCGGUCAGUCCCAGGGACUUUACAGGCUAGAAGACACCUCGAACGUCCCAACGCGACUCCCACAAACUGCCUUGACUCUUUAAUGCUUCCCCGCUGGCGCCCAUUGGGCCAGGCGUUUACGUCAUCGCUGCGCGCCGGGCAGCGGCGACUUCCCGCUCCUUGACUCUGACGUCAGAGCGGCGCCGGCCUCGGCGGCUGAGGAAAGCAGGAGGUGGUGGCGGCGGGAAGAUGUAAGUUGGGGCGGAAUCCGACCGCAUCCGUGUUUCGGGGGCUGCCCGUCAGGCCCGGCAGGACGCAUCGUGAAGCCGGUCCACUCCUCAGCCCCGCAGUGCGGCGGUGGCCUGGCAGCGCGGUGCGGGCUCCGAGAAGAAAGAGUGUGGCCCGGGGCGGGCGGAGUGGGAGGUGUCGAGGCCGUGGCCCGGAAGUGGUCGGGGCCGCUGCGGACGGAAGGGCGCCUCUGCUUCGUCCGCUCGGCGGUGGCCCAGCCAGGCCCGCGGGACUCAGACCAGUGGGGAGCGCGGACUCCGCCCUUGGGGCCCUCCCGCCGGGCCGGAGACCCAAGCCCCCAACGCCAGGCCCUGCCCUGGAAGCGCUCGCGGCCCGGCGCCUGGACGGGGGAGUUGUGAGUGAACGCGGACGGAGAGCGGCGAGGUCGGCGUGUCGGGCCGGUGUCGGCGGGCGCGGAGUUUCUUUGUGGGAUGCGGUGGAAGGCUGCUCUUUGGCGUAAAUUGCAAUCGAUUAGGGAUCGUUUCUCAGAACCAAGUUAGAAGUGAGAGUUCAGAUAAGUGAGGCCGCCAUUGCUGCUUUGAACACCUCAGAAGGGGAGAAUGGAUUUAUCAGGAGUGAAAAAGAAGAGCUUGCUAGGAGUCAAAGAAAAUAAUAAAAAGUCCAGCACUAGGGCUCCUUCACCUACCAAACGCAAAGACCGCUCAGAUGAGAAGUCCAAGGAUCGCUCAAAAGAUAAAGGGGCCACCAAGGAGUCGAGUGAGAAGGAUCGCGGCAGGGACAAAACCCGAAAGAGGCGCAGCGCUUCCAGUGGUAGCAGCAGUACCAGGUCUCGGUCCAGCUCGACUUCCAGCUCAGGCUCCAGCACCAGCACUGGCUCAAGCAGUGGCUCCAGCUCUUCCUCAGCGUCCAGCCGCUCAGGAAGCUCCAGCACCUCCCGCAGCUCCAGCUCUAGCAGCUCUUCUGGCUCUCCAAGUCCUUCUCGGCGCAGACACGACAACAGGAGGCGUUCCCGCUCCAAAUCCAAACCACCUAAAAGAGAUGAAAAGGAGAGGAAAAGGCGGAGCCCAUCUCCUAAGCCCACCAAAGUGCACAUUGGGAGACUCACCAGGAAUGUGACAAAGGAUCACAUCAUGGAGAUAUUUUCCACCUAUGGGAAAAUUAAAAUGAUUGACAUGCCCGUGGAAAGGAUGCAUCCCCAUCUGUCCAAAGGCUAUGCAUACGUAGAGUUUGAGAAUCCAGAUGAAGCUGAGAAGGCGCUGAAGCACAUGGAUGGAGGACAAAUUGAUGGCCAGGAGAUCACUGCCACCGCCGUGCUGGCCCCCUGGCCUAGGCCACCCCCCAGGAGAUUCAGCCCUCCCAGGAGAAUGUUGCCACCACCGCCUAUGUGGCGCAGGUCUCCCCCACGGAUGAGGAGAAGGUCCCGCUCCCCGAGGCGCAGGUCCCCCGUGCGCCGGAGAUCACGGUCCCCGGGCCGCCGCCGCCACAGGAGUCGCUCCAGCUCCAACUCCUCCCGAUAAACAGGCCACUGAAGUUCUCGCCCCUGUAACUUAUACCCCACCCAACUCAGUUUUGUCACUUUUCUAGCCAAAGGAAGAUCAGUAGGAAAGCAAACCCUUUACUCUGACAGGAUUUGCAGGCAGCAGUCAGCACCCCUCUGCCAGCCGGGCUUUGGCUGCAGAAGUGCUGUUGGUUUGGAUGCUGUGUGCCUGUCAAGAUUCCCUCUGGUUUUCUGGCUAGAAAGCUCACCCGUUUCCAGUUUCUAAGAGUCAGUUCAGUGGCAGAGCCACCAGGGACAAGUGAGGCUCUUGGGGGUGGUUUGACCCUGCUUACCUGGGAGCACACUUUUCCCUUCCCUGAUGAUCUGAGAUGGUGGCCAGGCCAGGCCAUGCCAUUGCUGUCGCUGGGCAGUGUCCUUUUGGAAAGGGAGCCGCCCCAGGUAGCUGCCAACCCUGUUAGGCCCAGCCUCUCGAGGCCUCUUGUGACUUCAAGGGACACACACCCCCAAAGAUCCUCUCACCCAUGGUAGUUGCGCAUGGUUCUGUCUGUCCGUGCACCCAUGCACACACCCCACCCCACCACUCUACUCUGAAAUUGGUUUGGUGAGUGAGUUGAGAGCCAGCUCUACGGGGUCAUCACGCAGCCAUGGUUGUGCCUGCCCUUCAUGGUGGUCUUUCAGGUUAUCUUGGCAACAUGUACAUUGCUUUUAUUUUUUUUCUUUUUUGCUUUUAUUGUACAGUCAGUACUAUAAAAUUUCUCUUUGAGUUUUAUACCUUUGUAGCAUUUUAGAUGACAUUGUGUUUGUACUUUGUUGUGUAGAGUGAAAGAAUUGUGUUGAAUAAACCCAAGAUUGGAAUGCA